ACAUCUUUUGCUUUCUCUUCCUUUAAAAGCCAUAUAAUUAUUAAGGCAUCUCUCUCUAUUCCAUGUCAAAAAAAGCUUCCCUCUUUUUCUUCUCUUUCUUUCUGUUAGCUCUCCACAAAGUUUCAGAAUUAAAGCUGAAAAAUAAACCUGAUAACAAGCCCAAUUUUGCAGUACAUAAAGCACUCCUAUUAGAUCAUGCUUUUUCUUCUUGAAGAAAAUCAACAAGAGCAAAGACACUUUUUCUUCUUGGCUGUUUUAUAAAAAAUUAUAAACAAAACAUUCCUAGUACACUUUCACUUAGGAUUCUUUUCCUUAGAGUCCUACAACUGAAAGCCUCACCAACUUAAUUUUUUUAUUUCAACAAAAAUUUGUACGAAUCGAAACAACAAACACUGAAUUGUAGUAGAUUAUGCUGACACGUACAAGCUUUUUGGUUUCAGCUUUUAAGUGUUUGAAAUAAGGACUUAUGAUGCUAAGGAACAGAUCAAGAGCAGUAACCAAACAAAGUUUGAUGGGUGAACAAUCUCCAAAACAGAAUUUCACUACAACUAUUCCAUCACUAUUUGGUUCACCAAACUAUAGAGAUUUUCAUUUCACCUCAAAAAAGUGUCUCAAUGGAAAUGAAGCUUUGAUAAGUCCAACAUCAAUUCUUGACACAAGAGCUUUGUCACCAUUUGGAAAUCCUUUCUCAUAUGACAACAAAAAUAACAAAGCUAGUAGUAGCUCAUGGGACAAGGUAGAUUCAAAAAUCAUUGGACUUGCUCUUGUUGGUGCUUUAAAAGAUGAGUCUUUUAAUCAAAAUUCUGAUAAUAAACUAUGCAAUAGAAAAGUGUUGUUUGGAACUGAGCUUAGAGUGAAAAUCCCUCCCAUGCCACCUACUUCCACUUUUGAUUCCAAAACUGAUUUUGUUGGCAACAAAACCAAGGGUUCACAAAAGUGUUCUAGAGAUUGGGAGAGUACUGAGAGCAACAACGAACUAAUGAUCAGGACCGCUAAGAGACAUGGACACGUGCACUCCACGGAAUCAAGUGUUCUGAGUUUGAGUGAGAUGGAGCUUUCUGAGGAGUACACAUGUGUGAUAUCUCAUGGACCUAAUCCAAGAACAACUCAUAUAUUUGAUAAUUGUGUUGUGGAAAUGGAAAGUUAUUGCUAUGUGCCUAAUAGCCAUUCUUCAAUGAAUUUCCUUAACUUUUGUUACACUUGCAAAAACCAUCUUGAGCACACAAAAGACAUCUUCAUUUACAGAGGAGAAAAAGCUUUUUGCAGUCAAGAAUGUCGUCACCAAGAGAUGGUGUUAGAUGGAGCGGAAAAUUAAGAAUUUACUAGCAACAUUUUAAAUUGCUGUAAUUGCAAUACUACUGUGCAAUACCAUUGCAAAAACACCUAAAUCUUUAAUGUUGUAGUCACAAUUGCAGUUAUAGACCACAAUUUAAAAUUAUGUUGUUAAUGACCAUUUUGUCUGAGUAAAAUUAUCAACCGGUCAAAAUUUUCACAAUUUACUUUUUCACCCUUUUAAGUUUUUAUUUUUGUGGUUUUUUCCUACAUCUAUCCUGCAAAUAGAGAUAAUAGAAGAUGUAUUGUAGAGCUCAUUUCAAGAAAAUGAGUAAUAAUAUAAAUAGUUUGCUUCUAGUUUUCACCCUU